AUGGCCACGUUUAAGUGCAAUCAUGACAUUCAAGUUCUUCUUGGUGGUAUCGACACUACUGAGAGAAUACACUACUGUUGCAAGUAUAUCGCCAAGCCACAGAAGCAAUUGGAAUCUCAGACCGUUUAA